AUGGCGGUUCGGGUGACAGGUUCAAGUUCAGUGCUGUGUGGUGCGCCGCGGGGAUCGGACCUCCUCAAGCUGCUCGCGACCUCGAGCGCAAUAACUGCUUCAAAAUUACGCUUGUGCCCGCCACGACCCAUCACGCAAAUGCGAGCCGGGAGCCCCGCUGUCACGGCCGCCACGUUACAUAAACCAAACACCACGGGGGGCACAUGUGACGUGGGACGCCUGUGUUACGCGCCACUUAAAGAGGAAAGGAAGUGCCCGACAUCAUACCACCGUCAUCCUGAUCAUCAUGUCCUGGUGGCGCUGCUGAUCAGCACGUUGGUGACCUCGCCCGGGGAGCGGAGCCGAGCCGGGUCAGAGAAGACGGCGCGAGCGCUCUGCCGCGUGGGUCAGGCCGUGAACGUGGCGGUGGAUCGCUUCGUGACGGUCGGCGAGACGAUAGCGGACGACAACCCCGAGAUCAAGGUCGAGAUGUACGAGGCAUGCAAGGAGGCCAGGGCGGCAGGACGUCCGAAUUCUGGCGUCCUUCCCCCGAGGACGUCCGAAUUCUGGCGUCCUUCCCCCGAGGACGUCCGAAUUCUGGCGUCCUUCCCCCGAGGACGUCCGAAUUCUCCUUCCCCCGAGGACGUCCGAACGAGGACGAAUCUGGCGUCCUUCCCCGAGGACGUCCGAAUUCUGGCGUCCUUCCCCCGAGGACGUCCGAAUUCUGGCGUCCUUCCCCCGAGGACGUCCGAAUUCUGGCGCCCUUCCCCCGAGGACGUCCGAAUUCUGGCGUCCUUCCCCCGAGGACGUCCGAAUUCUGGCGUCCUUCCCCCGAGGACGUCCGAAUUCUGGCGUCCUUCCCGAGGACGUCCGAAUUCUGGCGUCCUUCCCCCGAGGACGUCCGAAUUCUGGCGUCCUUCCCCCGAGGACGUCCGAAUUCUGGCGUCCUUCCCCGAGGACGUCCGAAUUCUGGCGUCCUUCCCCCGAGGACGUCCGAACCGAGAGAAUUCUGGCGUCCCCCGAGGACGUCGAAUUCUGGCGUCCUUCCCCGAGACGUCCGAAUUCUGGCGUCUUCCCCGAGGACGUCCGAAAUUCUGGCGUCCUUUCCCCGAGGACGUCCGAAUUCUGGGUCCUUCCCCCGAGGACGUCCGAAUUCUGGCGUCCUUCCCCGAGGACGUCGAACGAGGACGUCCGAAUUCUGGCGUCCCCCGAGGACGUCCGAAUUCUGCGUCCUUCCCCCGAGGACGUCCGAAAUUCUGGCGUCCUUCCCCGAGACGUCCGAAUUCUGGCGUCCUUCCCCGAGGACGUCCGAAUUCUGGCGUCCUUCCCCCGAGGACGUCCGAAUUCUGGCGUCUUCCCGCUCCGAAUUCUGGCGUCCUUGACGUCCGAAUUCUGGCGUACUUCCCCGAGGACGUCCGAAUUCUGGCGUCCUUCCCCGAGGACGUCCGAAUUCUGGCGUCCUUCCCCCGAGGACGUCCGAAUUCUGGCGUCCUUAAACCGCUGGAAAUUAAAAAUAUUCGGGACGGAGCGGAUUUGCAUGUAUUAGCAUAUAUAAAGGUGUGUCUGCGGCACCCGGAAUGCCUGACGUCGCGCGAGAACCGAGACACCGUGUUCUGCCAGAUGCGGCGCGCGAUGGACCUCAUUCACUACGUGGUCAAGGACGGGGUGCUGGACUCGGUCAACGCGCAGGGCGAGGCCAGGGUCAACGGCCAGAGCCCCGCCGAGUCCCCUGGCACCCUCAAGGCUCGCCAGGAGGACUGGGACGCGAACCACACCAUGUACGGCGCCAUCCGCUACCUCGAGGACUCUGUGGAGAUGACGCGGAUGACCCUCUGCGGACCCGCCGUCAGGGACCGCCUCUGCCAGGCCGUGGACACGAUCUGCGAGCGGAUGCAGGACUUCACGGACUCCGCCUACACUUCUCACGAACACCGGGAAAACAUCCUUCUUCUCACGGACAGAAUACGACUCGAACUCAACCAGCUGCUGCGAGUCGGGGUCAAUCUGGAGCAAAAGGAGCCCCUGUCCCCCGGAGACGACCUGGAGACGGCCAUCAAAGCGGUGUUGGCGGCCACGAGGGACAUGAAGAUCCAGCUGCAGAACACGGCGCUCGUGCAGGCCGAGGAGCUGGUGAGAGGCGCGUGCGAGGAGAGCGAGCUGAUCAGCGCCCUCAAGAACGCCGGCCUCGCCACGGACCAGGAGAGGCUCGACGAGUACGCGGACCGCUUCCUCGAACACAUAGAGCACAUACAGGAGGUCUGCAAACUCCUGCGCCACAUAGCCACGACGGACUCGCUGCAAGUGGCCGCGAAAUACGGCGAGAUCAACCUGCGCAUCUACGGCCCUCAGGUGGUGACGGCGGCCCAGACACUGUGCCUGUACCCGACGUCCAAGAUCGCCAAGGAGAACGUCGAAGUGUUUGCUGACAUGUGGCUCAAUUUGGUGGGAGAUGUGAAGAGUCUGACCAAGGACAUUGGCGACCAGAUAGCUGCCGAGAGCAAGCCGCCAGAGAAGCAAGUUUACAUGUCUCUGCCUCGCCCGGGGAAACAUGGCACCACACCCAAGCCCCCGAAGCCAACCAAGCUAGAUCAGGAAGAACAAGCUAAACUUGCCAAGUCUGGCUUGGAUAUGAAGCUCAUGGCCUCCGAGGUGGACCAAGAGACGGAGAAGUGGGAGGAGCGCAUCACCCAGGACGAGGACAAUGACAUCGUGAAGCGGGCCAAGAACAUGUCUUCCAUGGCCUUUUCCAUGUACCAGUUCACGCGGGGGGAAGGGGCGCUGAAGACCACGCAAGACCUCUUUACGCAAGGAGAGUACUUCGCCGAGGAAGCCAACAGACUCUACAAGGUCGUCAGACAGUUCUCGUAUCAGGUUCCGGCAGGCCCCCAUAAGAAAGAAUUGAUGGAGCACCUGGACCAGAUCCCGACCUACGUUCAGCAGCUGCAGUUCACAGUGAAAAAUCCAACAGUGGGCAAGGCCGCCACCUUCACCAAAGUGGACAACGUCAUACAGGAGACCAAGAACCUUAUGAACGUGAUAUCCAAGGUGGUCACGACGUGUUUCGUCUGUGCGACUAAGUAUGAGCUGCGUCUCCCUGAGCGGCUGGAACUCCCUUCAUUGGACGAGGUUCGGGCAUCAAGCCAAGGCAACCCUAUUGGACAGGUACCAACACAGCCACAUCCACUAGUGUCACCUCCUCUGACAUUCAGACCUUCCCUCAUGUCAAACCUUCCUUCUUGCCAGUCUUCCUUGACACUGGGUGCCCCUCCAGCACCCACUCCCAUUCCCCAGACAUUGCCUCUUCCAUCACACAUACCACAAAAGUCUCCCCUGGGGCACCUGAUGUCAAGCACUCUUACCUCUCCUCUUCAUGUUCCUUCCAUCCCCACACUCCAGCCACAUGUCCCACCCCCAUCCCCCUACUCCCUCCUGUCUCCCAUUUCCUCUCCCACUCCACCUGUCAACCCAAGUUCUCCACAAUGGUUGAAGUACUUCACUCUGCCAUCAUCCGCCGUCUAUGCCUCUCCCACGCUCCAGUACCUGAAUCUCCACCAUUCUGCUCUCCAACCCCAGCAGCAGUCCCCCAUCUCUCCCUCAGUUCCAAUCAGUUACACAGAAACAAAUAGCUCACUCUUCCCACAGUGGGGGGCACCCUAUGCGACGCCUCCUGUAAAAAGCGUUGGUAGUGACACCCAAAAUUAUUUUUACGAGCAAAGUAUUAUUGACAGAUCACAAUUAAACAAGCUGUCUACUUUACUCAGUAUGCAGAAUCAGUAUUCAUCUUUGAAUUUUGCUCCUCUUUUAAAUCAGAAUACCAUAGAAUGAUGCAAAUUGUUUAAUGUUUAAUUCAGAUGUUAUUCACUGUUUAUAUGUAAUGUUACCUUUCAUAUCAAAUAUUUGCUUGUUAUACUGUUAUAGGUUAUAAAGUGCCUCAUAAAUGCUGGGCUCCUUGUGCAUUUCAAGGGCAUUCUCUUUUGCCUUUCUUUGCGUCUAUGUCAUUAUGAGAAACAUUUAAGGGAAUUUCAUGUAUGUUUUAUUCAUGGUUUAACAAUGAUUGUUGAUUAAUUGUUUUAUUUCUUGAUGAAUUCAGAAUAUUACUGCAUACAAAAUGGAAGCACAUAGUAAAAAAAAAGUCUUUAGCAAUUUACAGAACCAUAAUGAUAUCUUUAGCUAUAAUGAAAAGAUAACAAAGAAAGGCAAAAAGAGUGUUCCGAAAGUAUUGUUCAGCGAGGCUUUUAAUGGUAUGUAAAUAUCAUGCAGUAUUGCCAGAAAAAACACUUUUAAAUAGAUGGUGUUUUACUACCUCACUGUACAUUAUCAAUAACACUACCUAGGAACACAGAGAUUAGCUUCUUGGGCUGACUAAUACAGGACAGAUUUCAAAAUCAUCCAAUAUGGAUCAUAUAGACAUUAGCCAUUUUGUAGCAUCAUGUAUAGGCUCAGAGAGAGAUAAGAAACAUUAGUCUUUAGAAGUAAUCGAUUGAAAUCAAUAGCAUUGUAUAAUUGUCAUAACUUGAGCAGGUUACUUAUAUGUAGAUAGAUUACAUGAACUUUCUGAUGAGACAGUCAUAUCUAUUUUUCUACAUGUCACAUCCAAAUUUGAGAGAUAGAAUGUAAAAGAAAUUGAUCUCCUUUUUUGAUUGUCCCAAGCCUUGUCCCAGUUUAGAAGAAAUAAAGUGUCAGUGUAACCUU